UCCAUCGGGCAUGUUUGUGUUAUAUAUCUCAGCAUUAUGUAAUGAUGAUGAUCAAGGAAAGAAGUUAAUUCAUGCAGUCACUAACACCCUUCUUACAACUCCCCCUCCUAUAAAUUCUGAAAGUAAUGUUGUAGUUCAAAGUGAGACUGCAAAAAGUGGUUCUACGGGUCCAAGUGAUCCUGGAGAAGGAAAACCUACUCUACUUUGGAGUGUGCUGUAUAGCCAGGAGCUCACUUUGGGUCAAGUUGAUUUUAUCUGUUCUACUCCCAUGACAGAUGGUAAACUGAACUACGAUUAUCUCAUAGAUGCGACUGUUAAGUUAUUUAAGGAGAUUUUCCCUGAGGAUGAAUUCUUUCCACGGGCAUCCUCAGAGAAUCACGAGGAUGAUGGUGAUGGUGAAACCUAAAGAUUUGUUGAAUGAAAUAUCUUCUCUACUUUAAUGGAGCAUCAAACAAUCAUGAUCCUUCUCCAAAACUGCCCUCAAUGAUCGGGGGAUGCUUCUAUCUAAUGAUCUAUUUGAGAAAAAGGGUGAGGGAUUUGAUACACAUUUUACAAUUCCAAAACAUGGUGAUUUUUCGGAUAACUAAACCACUGCUGGCUUUGUUUCCCUUUGUAUAAACUUAUGUUGUAUCCAUCUUUUACCGGUUGUAUUUUGGCCAUAUUUAUAGUCUUGAUGUAACAGUA